CCCAACGCGUGGCUGAAUGAAGGUGUGUAUAGCUAUAGUGUGCAGAAGGAGAGGAGGAAUUUUCUAAGAAACUCAGGACCCUCAGACCACCGAAACAGCACGAGGGGCAAAAAUACUCCAUUGAGCAAACAUGUCGUGGCUCUUUGGCUGGGGAAAAGGAUCCGGUACUCCCCCGACGGACGACCAAACGGCGUCCACCCCGGCCGAAGGGGGUUCGGGGGGUUCGGGAGGAGAUAAGCCGAAGGACAAAUGGAGUAACUUCGACCCAACUGGACUUGAACGAGCAGCUAAGGCAGCAAGAGACCUUGAUAAAUCACGCCAUGCAAAAGAAGCACUGGAUCUUGCUCGUAUGCAAGAGCAGUCUGUACAGUUGGAACAUCAGAGUAGAGUGAAGGAGUAUGAGGCUGCCUUGGAGCAACUGAAGGGGGAGCAGAUACGCCUGCAGGGGGAAGAGAGGCGGAAAACCCUCAAUGAAGAGACGAAACAAAACCAAGCGAGGGCACAAUACCAAGACAAACUUGCCAGACAGAGAUAUGAUGAUCAACUCAGGCAACAGCAAAUCCUCAAUGAGGAGAACUUGCGCAAACAAGAGGAGUCUGUCAUGAAGCAGGAGGCCAUGAGGAAAGCCACCAUUGAGCAUGAGAUGGACCUGCGGCACAAGAACGAGAUGCUCCGCGUGGAGGCAGAGGCCCAAGCUCGCGCCAAGGUCGAGCGAGAGAACGCAGACCUGAUCCGAGAACAGAUCCGUCUGAAAGCAGCAGAACACAGACAGACGGUUCUGGAGUCCAUAAAGACUGCAGGAGCAGUGUUUGGGGAAGGAUUCAUGGGCUUCGUAUCCGACUGGGACAAACUCACCGCCACGGUGGCUGGCUUUACCCUGCUGGCAGUUGGCGUGUACUCUGCCAGGAACGCCACCGGAGUGGCUGGACGCUACAUCGAGGCCCGUCUGGGAAAGCCCUCCCUAGUCAGAGAGACCUCCAGGAUCACUGUUGGAGAGGCCAUCAAGCACCCUAUAAAGACGACAAAGCGUCUAAGGAGCAGACCACAGGAUGCCCUGGAGGGAGUGGUUCUCAGUCCUUCUCUGGAGGAGCGCGUGAGAGACAUUGCCAUCGCCACUCGUAACACCAGGCAGAACAAGGGCCUGUACAGGAACAUCCUGAUGUACGGACCACCUGGGACAGGCAAGACACUCUUUGCCAAGAAACUGGCUCUCCAUUCUGGGAUGGACUUUGCCAUCAUGACAGGAGGAGACGUAGCUCCCAUGGGCCGUGAUGGGGUGACGGCCAUGCACAAGGUCUUUGACUGGGCUGGAACAAGCAGGCGCGGCGUCCUGCUGUUCGUAGAUGAAGCCGAUGCAUUCCUGCGUAAACGAUCCACUGAGAAAAUCAGCGAGGACCUCAGAGCCACCUUGAACGCAUUCCUUUACCGCACCGGAGAACAGAGUAACAAGUUUAUGCUGGUGUUGGCGAGUAACCAGCCGGAGCAGUUUGACUGGGCAAUAAACGACCGGAUUGAUGAGAUUGUAAACUUCGCCCUCCCUGGACUGGAGGAGAGGGAGAGACUGGUCCGUCUGUACUUUGACAAAUUUGUACUGGGGCCAGCCACUGUAGGCAGACAGAGGUUGAAGUUGGCCCAGUUUGAUUACGGACAGAAGUGUUCUGACAUUGCGGCGCGUGCAGUGGGCAUGUCUGGACGUGAGAUUUCCAAGCUGGGCGUGGCCUGGCAGGCUGCUGCAUACUCUUCUGAAGACGGUGUCUUGACCGAAGCCAUGAUCGAUUCUAGAGUCGAAGAUGCCAUCAAGCAGCAUGCCCAGAAAAUGGACUGGCUGCAUAUGGAAGGCGGUGGCGAAAGUAGAAAAACCGGCAUCGUGAUCCCCAAGGGAGAGGGCGCCAUUGGCUUCACGGCGGUUCUGGAAGCCGCUCCGCUGGCCCAAGCGGCCGUCCCAUUGGCCCAGGCUUCAGCCCCGCUCAUCCAGGAAGUGCUCCCAGUCGUGGAGGCGAUGAUCUCCAGUGCCCAGGCAGCAGCGGCAGCUGAGCCGGCACAGGAGGUCCAGGCAGCAGCCAUCAUUGAAGAGGCAGCCGCCCUGGUUAGAGAAGCUGCUGCUCCUGCUGUGGCCGAGGCCGCGGCUCCGGCUGAGGUGGUCGAGACCGUCGCGGAGACGGGGUCUGCUGCCCCGUUGGUCCAGGAGUUGGAGGCCGUCAAGAUGGUGCAAGAGGAGCCUGCGGCUGCAUCUGCUGUCCAGGAGGCUGUGGUGCCUGAAGUGAAGCUGGUGGAGGUGGAUGUGACGGCGGAGGUCAGGGAGGCUGAAACACUGGUAGAUGCGGCCCCCAUCAUCAAAGUUGAUGCUGCCCAGGAGAUGGAGGCCACAGCAGUAACCAAGGAAGCUGAUGCCGUUGUCGCUGAGGCUGAGCCAAUAGCAACUGAGGUUGCAAAGGAGGCUGAGCCAAUAGCAGCUGAGGUUGCGAAGGAGGCUGAGCCAAUAGUAGCUGAGGCCGCAAAGGAGGCUGAGCCAGUAGUAGCUGAGGUCGUAAAAGAGGCUGAGCCAAUAGCAGCUGAGGUUGCAAAGGAGGCUGACCCAAUAGCAGCUGAGGUUGCAAAGGAGGCUGAGCCAAUAGCAGCUGAGGUUGCAAAGGAGGCUGAGCCAAUAGUAGCUGAAGCCGCAAAGGAGGCUGAGCCAAUAGCAGCUGAGGUCGUAAAGGAGGCUGUGCCAAUAGCAGCUGAGGUCGCAAAGGAGGCUGAGCCAAUAGUAGCUGAGGCCGCAAAGGAGGCUGAGCCAAUAGCAGCUGAGGUCGUAAAGGAGGCUGAGCCAAUAGCAGCUGAGGUCGCAAAGGAGGCUGAGCCAAUAGCAGCUGAGGUUGCAAAGGAGUCUGAGCCAAUAGUAGCUGAGGUUGUAAAAGAGGCUGAGCCAAUAGUUGCUGAGGCCGCAAAGGAGGCUGAGCCAAUAGCGGCUGAAGCAGCAAAGGAGGCUGAGCCAAUAGUAGCUGAGGUUGCAAAGGAGGCUAAGCCAAUAGUGGCUGAGGUUGCAAAGGAGGCUGAGCCAAUAGUGGCUGAGGCAGCAAAGGAGGCAGAGCCAAUAGCGGCUGAGGUUGUAAAGGAGGCUGAGCCAAUAUCAACUGAGGUUGUAAAGGAGGCUGAGCCAAUAGCAUCUGAGGUUGUAAAAGAGGCUGAGCCAAUAGCAGCUGAGGUUGCAAAGGAGGCUGAGCCAAUAACAGCUGAGGUUGUAAAAGAAGCCCCUGUUGCUAAAGAGUCAGAAGCCCCCAUAACCCCGGAGACAGACGCCACAGCAGCCCCCGUAACCCCGGAGACAGAGGCCGCAGCGGCCCCCGUAACCCCGGAGACAGAGGCCACUGCUUCUAAGGUUGACACGGAAACUGUCGUUGCCAAGGACUCUGAGGCUACUCAAACUACAGCCACCAAGGACCCUGUUGCCACAGCAACUCCUGCCUCUCAGGAGGCAGACAGCAGCAAAGCUGACAAAUCUGCUGCUAAAGAUGAGGGUGGGGAUGACCCAGACAAACCAAAAGAUCCCCCGAAGAAAUGGUUUAAAUGGUGAAACCGAUGAAGCUAUGGGUCAGGAAGAAAGAAAAUGAAUUAAGAAUCAAGAAGAUGUACUGUUUUGAUGGAUUGUCUGUCAUUGUGAUUAAAGGGCUUUUGAUGUU